AUGCGGCUGAAGCCAUAUUCUGUGGUUGCAAAAGUGACUUGUGCACCUGUUCGGGCAAGACCUGAUAAUGCUCGUAUUGUUUUCGAUUCAAUUUGUUCGAAAAAUUUGUUUUCUUGGACUGCUGUAAUAUCAGGAUAUUCUAGGAGUGGUAGGAAAUUUGAAGCUGUUCAAAUGUUGCGAAGUUUGGAAGAUAAGAAUGUGUAUGCUUGGACGGCAUUAAUAUCUGGAUUGGUGCAGAAGGGACAUUAUGUUGAUGCAUUUGAACUUUUUGUGGAAAUGAGAAGAGAAGGGGUUGAAAUCACGGACCCCUUUGUUCUGUCAAGCAUCACUGGAGCUGCUGCUAGCUUUGCAGCAUUGGAGCUUGGAAAGCAAGUGCAUUGCUUGGUUUUGACCCUUGGUUAUGAAUGUAGCAUGUUUGUUAGUAAUGCGCUUGUGGAUAUGUAUGCUAAAUGCAGUGAUGUGUCCAUUGCAAAGAAGAUUUUUGACAGCAUGUGGGAGAGGGAUGUGGUUUCUUGGACCUCAAUUAUAGUUGGUAUGGCACAGCAUGGGCGAGCCGGUGAAGCUUUGGCCCUUUAUGAUGAGAUGAUUAUGGCUGGACUGAAGCCAAAUGAGGUGACUUUUGUAGGACUAAUAUAUGCCUGUAGUCAUGUGGGAUUGGUAGAAAGAGGUCGUGGACUUUUCAACUCAAUGGUCAAGGAUUAUGGAUUGCUUCCUUCUCUGCAUCACUAUACGUGCUUAUUGGAUCUAUAUAGUCGAUCAGGACAUCUUGAUGAGGCAGAGGAUCUCCUUACAACAAUGCCUUUCCAGCCUGAUGAGGCUGCCUGGGCAGCCUUAUUAUGUGCUUGUAAGCGGCAUGGAAAUAUCAAAAUGGGUGUUAGGGUGGCUGAUCGUCUACUGAGCUUAGGACCAGAAGAUCCUUCAACUUGUAUACUGCUGUCUAACGCUUAUGCUGGAGCUGGUAUUUGGGAAAAUGUGUCAAAGGUGAGAAAGUUAAUGACACAUAUGGACACAAAAAAGGAGCCUGGUUACAGUCGGAUUGACCUGGGAAAGGAAAGCCUUGUUUUCUAUGCUGGGGAGUCAUUGCAUCCAAUGAGAGAUGAGAUUUCUACUCUGCUUAAAGAGAUGGAUGCGGAAAUGCGGAGAAGAGGUUAUGUGCCUGAUACUAGUUCGGUUUUGCACGAUAUGGGGCAGCAAGAGAAAGAAAGACAGCUCUUUUGGCAUAGUGAGAGAUUGGCUGUGGCUUAUGGGCUGCUAAAUUCUGUUCCAGGGGCUGUAAUACGCAUAGUAAAAAAUCUGAGAGUUUGUGGAGAUUGUCAUAAUGUGCUCAAGUUGAUUUGCUCCAUAACAAAUAGGGAAAUUGUUGUUAGGGACUCCACCCGGUUCCAUCGUUUCAAAGACGGGAAGUGUUCAUGUUGCGACUUUUGGUGAUCACUGAUCACGGAGGAGAAGGUGGUAGGGUUAUAAUAGCUCAGAUUAUAGGAGGAAGAUGGUCACAGCCAAGAAAGAAGUGUAUUUUGAUUCUUCUCCAUACUCUCGCAAGAUUCAAAAAACUGUCCAACUUUAUAAUCCAGAAUCCUGAGAUGCAAUGCAACACUUUGAUCAAGGCUUCAUGAUAUGAAAUUCUCCAGGAUGUCAGGGUUGAUGGCUGUUUUAGGCUGUCUGAUUAAGUGCUUGGGCCUUGUACACGGAUUUGAUGGGAGUCUAGAGAAUCUAAACAUGUAUCCCCUGCUAAAGGAGCUGCCUAAAUUUGCAAAAAGAGACCCAUUGCUUGCUUAACAUGAACAUCAAGCAAUACAGCAGUAGAUGAUAACAGAGAACGGGGUAAUUGAGUUGUAGUGGGUGCCGUUCAUGGAGGAAAAUAGUUAUGAGCCAAGAAAGAGAUAUAUGUUCCUUUUUCCAGCACAUACAUUUGCAAGAUUCAAGAAACUGGUUAUUUAAAAUCCAGAAUUCUGAGAUGCAAUAGGCAUAAAGGUGAUGUGUAAUUUCUCUAGGACGUCAGUGUUGAUGGCUGCAUUUGGCUAUCUGAUUGAGUGCUAGGUCCUUGUACAGUUAUUUGAUGGGAAACAACAAAGUGUAAACAUACAUCCAAGAAUGAAAAACGCAUCUCAUA